UCUGCUUCUUGGCAACAUCUUGUGGAGUGUAAUACGAGGAGGUCGAGGAGCAUCCCGGUGCAGCGCGUAGCCUAUCAUCCUCAGCCAGCAAAAAAAAAAAAAAAAAACUCACUGAUUGUGGAAUUUACCGAGGUAGAGGCGACUGCUAGUUUCAUCCUUAAUAAUAAGAAAGGAGCGAGAGACGCACUUAGACGGAGCAGAAAUAAGUGCUGGAGCAGAGAGCAGCCUCUUCCUCGGCUUCUGCGAGGACAAGAGUUGCAGUGAGAAAUGUAACAUCUAACGGACACUGGAAUUACAAAGCAGUUUAAUGAAGAGGAAAAAAUUGCGUCCUAGAACAAAUUAAAAUUCUCGUAUUCAAGGGAGAGCAUUCCAUUCACAAGCAAUUGGAUGAGAGUCUUAUUAGCCCUCGGCAACUAAAGAUGAUGUUACCAUGGAAACAAAUUGUUCUGCUAUCAAUCACUGGAUGCCUUGCAGCCUGUACAGAGGAUGUCAUAUUUCAAGGGCCAAGAUGGAGGACAGAGCCAAGUGACCUCAUUUUACCGAUCAACUCCCCAGACCAGCAGGCUACCAUCACGUGCGAGGCAGAAGGGAGCCCUCCUCCGCAGUACAGAUGGUCACUAAACGGAACACUCAUUGAUCUGGGGAAUGACUACCGGCGUCACAUGUCUGGGGGCAGCCUGAUCAUUAGCAACCUGGACAAGGACCAAGACACCGGGGUAUACCAGUGCACGGCCUUCAACGCGCGGGGGUCCAUCCUCAGCCGCAGAGCCAGCCUCCAAUUUGCAUAUCUUGAGAACUUCAAAAGUCAAACGGUGAGGAGUGCUGUUAAUGUCCGCGAGGGCCAGGGAGUAGUUCUUCUGUGUGGACCACCUGCACAUUCUGGAGAGAUGACAUUUGCAUGGAUCUUCAAUGAAUACCCGUACUUUGUCCAACAAGACAGUCGUCGAUUCAUCUCUCAGGAGACUGGGAGUCUGUACAUCGCAAAAGUGGAGCCCUCAGAUGUUGGCAACUACACCUGUGUGGUUAACAACACCGUGACCAAGGAGAAGGUGCUCAGCUCUCCCACACCACUGGUCCUUAGAAGUGAUGGAGUAAUGGGUGAAUACGAACCCAAAAUAGAAGUUCAUUUCCCUGAUUCAGUUCCAGCCGCAAAGGAGUCCGUGGUGAAACUAGAAUGUUUCGCUCUGGGAAACCCCGUCCCAGAAAUAAGCUGGAGGAGAACCAGCGGCAUCCCUUUCCCCAGCAAAGUGAAAAUGAAGAAUUCAAACGCUGUCCUUGAAAUCCCCAAUUUCCAACAGGAAGACGCCGGGACGUACGAAUGUAUGGCAGAGAAUCGGCGAGGCAAGAAUGCUGCACGGGGUCGCAUUUCAUUCCAUGCUAAACCUCACUGGCUCCAGACAAUGACGGACACUGCUCCGUCCAUCGAAGAAAACCUCUUCUGGGAGUGUAAGGCCAGUGGAAAGCCUAAACCAUCCUACAGCUGGCUGAAGAAUGGGGAGCAACUGAUGCCUGAGGGCCGGGUACAAAUCGAAAACGGGGCCCUGUCUAUAGCUACGUUAAACCUGUCAGACUCCGGGAUGUAUCAGUGUGUGGCUGAAAACAAACAUGGCAUUAUUUAUUCUGGUGCCCAACUAAUGGUGUUAGCAUCACCUCCCACUUUCUCCAAAAGUCCAUUAAGGGCCUUGCUAAAAGCCCGCUCAGGCAGCGAAGUCACUCUUGAAUGCAAGCCCGAGGCCUCGCCCCCAGCAAUUAGCCUGUGGAAGAAAGGGAACGAGAUCCUGCAGAGAAACGAAAGGAUAAUGCUGCUUCCCAAUGGGACUUUAAAGAUCGCCAAUGUAACCAGACGCGAUGCAGCGAGCUACACAUGUGUCGCUAAGAAUCAGUUUGGGACGGCAAGCACUACUGGAAGGCUGCUCAUCACAGAGCCCACCAGGAUCACCAUGAGGCCUACUAACAUGGAGAUUAUUGUUGGCGAGAGCAUCGUGUUACCCUGCCAGAUUGCCUGCGAUCCAGCUCUGGAUGUUUCUUUCUCGUGGGCAUUCAACGGACAGCUCAUCGACUUCCAGCGAGACAGCAAUCAUUUCGAAAGAGUGGGUGGGACCAUAUCAGGCGAUCUGAUGAUUCGUAACAUCCAGCUGAGCCAUGGAGGGAAAUAUGUCUGUGUUAUUGACACUGAUGUGGAGAGCCUGUCCACCUCUGCCAUCUUGGUUGUCAAAGGUCCGCCAGGUCCUCCGGACAAAGUAGCUGUGGAGGAGAUCACAGACAGCACGGCCCAGCUUUCCUGGACUCCUGGAAGGGACAAUGGCAGCCCCAUCACCGGCUAUAUCAUCCAGGCCAGGACACCUUUCACUGUGGGCUGGCAGGCUGUUGACACAGUGCCGGAGGUGGUCAACGGGAACAUGCUGACAGCUACAGUGGUGGGUCUGAACGCCUGGGUGGAGUACGAGUUCAGGGUGGUUGCCCGCAAUACCGUAGGCCUGGGAGAGCCCAGUCCAGCCUCGGCCAAGACCAGGACAGAGGAUGCCAUUCCUGAUACAGCUCCCACUGAUGUCGGAGGUGGAGGCGGCACAAAGUCUGAAUUAGUGAUAACAUGGGAGCCUGUUCCCGAAGAACUGCAGAAUGGAGAGGGCUUUGGCUACAUCAUCGCCUUCAGGCCAGUGAGCACGGUCACAUGGACGCGAGCGGUUAUCUCCACACCCGGCGUGGCACGAUACGUCUUCCGCAACGACACCAUCCCACCAUUCUCGCCUUUUGAUGUGAAAGUGGGGGCGUACAACAACCGCGGGGAGGGGCCCUUCAGCUCCAUUGCCACCGUGUACUCGGCAGAGGAAGUCCCCAGUGUGGCUCCUAAGAGGGUUAGGACUAGAAGUGUGUCUGCAGUGCAAAUUGAAGUGAUCUGGGAAGCUCUGCCUGCCAUCCCUGAAAGAGUGCUUGGGUAUGAGGUCGUGUACUGGGAAGACGACACCAAGCCUGACACUAUUGGCAAAGUGCGCAUAUCUGGGAACUACACGCUGGUUAACAUCACCGGGCUGAAAGCGAACACAGUCUACUACCUCUGUGUGGCUGCAUUCAAUACAGCUGGCCCAGGGCCACAGUCGGCGCCCAUCAACACCACCACAAAGAAACCACCACCAGAUCGGGCUCCGCUCAACAUACAAUGGACCAUGAUUGGCUCCACACUCACAAUGCACUGGGAUCCUGUAGUAGCUAUGGAGACAGAGUCAAAGGUCACUGGAUAUUUGGUGCUGCUGAAGAGACAUCGCUACAAUGACAUCAACGCUAUCUCGACCAACAAAACCACUGUGGAGCUCAGCCUCUCCGCCAAUGACAACUAUCUCAUUCAGAUCAAGGCCAUGAGUGAGGGCGGAGAAGGUGUGGGCAGUGAACCCAUCCACAUCCAUAAAUUAAGCAUGGGAGCGCGGGGCUCGGGAGCGAUCCGCCUCAGCCCAUUGUAUCUCUCCGCAGUUCUCAUCAGCGCUCUGCUCUGCUCCGCCUGGUGAUGUCUAAUCGGAGCCUACGGAGCAUCCUCCCUCCCCCUUCCAUCCCUUCAGUCAGCCUGUCCACUUGACUGGCACAAGGCCCAGUUUCAGGCUGGACUGGGAAAGACCGGAAAGGACUGGACUUCACCGAACUCUUAAAGGGACCACGCCACCUUCUUUUAAAGGGCCAUCAGAUAGAGACGUGAUGAUCUGCGUGCAUGAUAUCUUUCAGUAUUUCUUCCAGCGUCAUAAGUGCCACCAUGCUCUAGGUUUCAUUUUAGAAGUUAUGAUGUCUACAUGACUUAUCUUCCUAGUAUCUUUGGAGAUACUAAUGCCUUAAAACCCAUUUUACACAUACAGUCCAUACCAAAGUAGGUGACAGGCUGCUUGCUUUAUAAUUUCUUUAACCUUAUAUUUAACCCCUAUUUUAUGGCAAAAAGGAAAAAGUCACAAAUCUUCUCAAGAUCAUCUUCUUAACAGGUGAUUAACCUAUAUUCAUUGGUUGCAUCCAUAUUAUAUUGUCUCAAAAAUAAAGCUAAACCAGUUCCAUGGACAGACCAUUAAAUACUUAAUUAAAUCUUUAUCACAUUUUUUUGCAGCUUUUGCCAAAAGAAACAUCCAUUGCAGGCUUAAAAUUUUACCAGGCUUUGACAGAUAUAUGAAAGAUGCAUAGCAAAUUGAUCAACUGUGCCUCAAACCCACUUAUCUCUGCAUACUGAAAUAAUAUUAGGUCUAUUCGAGAGCCACAGUCUCCUGGGCUUUAGGCCCUCUCUACAAUACUCUGAUAGAUGUUGGCAUUUUGCCAUCUCUUACUCCACUAAAUAAUAAAUGCCCAUCACACUCUAAAUUCUCAGUCUAGCUAAAAUACCGGGAUUGCAGAAGAUAGAGACGUGUGGUGUCUCUAUGUCAAGCAGAUCCCAUGUGUACUGUUCCUUCUCUACAUUUAGACGACCUGUGUUCUAGAUACGUAUAUCAUAUCACAGAACGUGUACCAUCUACACUCCAGAUGACCAGCUGGCCCAGUGCACAAUGGACUACAGGAUAACAGUGCCUUCACUAGAGCUCACUCAGAUUUUUUUCUCUUUCAAAUAGCUUAGGGGAAAGAUUCAUGUGGCAGAAGUUUGCUUUUCUCUCUGAAGAAGUUGAUUAGGAAGGACAGGAAUCUCAGAAUGUAGAUGGAGCCCAUUAUUGGAAAUGGUAUGUUGAUUAAAUUUUCAUAGAGACAAGUACACCAGGGUUACCUAAGACAAAAAGGGUUGGAAGCUUUAGGAAAGCCGCAAUGGAUUGAGAUAUAUGGCGGAAAUUUUGGUCCCAGUAUUUAUGGUCUGUGGUAUAAUAAAUGUAUGACUCCAUCCGAAGCAUAAUUUAUGGGCUAUUAAGGCAUCAGAAUAAUUGAUGCCAAUACCGCGGUGAAAGUGCCCUGACUGGAAAUGGAGUGAAAGGCACGGCUGUCAUUUUACCCCCCACCCCAUCACCGUCUAUUGGACACAUACCAGACUGAACAGUAACAAAAGAACAUUGCUACUCUGCUGUGGGAGCUACUUUUCACGCCCUUUUAUCAUGUGGAUGAGUCUGUCAAAAGCCACCCAAGAAAGAGCCGAGGUGUGAUUACUGGGGUCCUGACAACGCUCAUGUGGAUGUGGAAGGAUACAGUCAGCUGAACUGCUACACAUUACUGUGCCUUUGCCGAACAUGGGGCUGUGUACGGUCAUUAGCUCGGAGGCUGUCGUCGUCGUCUGUAUUUUGCACUCACUCCCCCCCACUUCCCCAAAGUCAAAUGAAAGCACAAGGAAUUGAUGCAAGGUGACUGGAUGUCCUCACUUAGCCGUCUGAACAGGUGUGCAGACCCCAGAGGCCUCGUAAAAAGUCCAAAUGGCCGACAUAAUCAGGCUGUCCUAUCUGCUCCUUGACUGGUUUCAUAAAGCUCUGCGCUCUUUGAUUAGACUGCUGCAGACCAGUCAAUGGGAUAUUGAUUUUCCUGCCCCAUUAUUACAGCUGUCACAAUUCAGCUGCUUGAUUGACUGAUGGCCGCGUUCUUUUUGCACUCGUUCUGUUGUGUUACAGUCGAUGUUUCAGAACUCCUUACGCCCUAUCAGACAACUUCAAAGGCAUCCUUUUUUCUGUUGUGUUUUGGUUUGCUUUUACUAGAAAUCUCACUGUAUUUGCUCAAUUUUUCAAAGAUUUUACAAGUAUUUUGUAGUGUAGUGGUAGAUUGUGAUUUUUGAAUUGGAGCAGUGGCCUGAAAUUAUUUGGCUGGUUGAUUCCUUUGAGUUACACGUCAGAGUGCUACUGUAUCUUUUUUCCAAUAGCAUAAAAGCCCAGUCACACCAGCAUUUAGAACAAUAAAACUUAUUUGUGUAAUUAGUUAAUUUCCAUGGAAUGGCUGUGAUCACUUGCGGAUGCACUUGUGGGGCGAAGAAAAUCUGUGUAAAUUUCUACUUUGCUGAACAUUUUUUGUGCUGUUAACCAUUAGCAUUCAAUCUAGACAAACCAGAUAAUCCAAAAUAGAGGAAGCUAAUUUAGCUUAUUAGCUGUGGCAACUUUAAUUUAAACCACCUGAGAGUAUAACUUUCUCCAGUUUUUAGACAAGUUAGGAGACUGUUUUUGAUGUGGUGGCAUGCCAUUGUUCCUUUGGCCCAUUGCUCUGAUGGCUCAAUAGUCCAAAGAAUUUCCCAAUGGAUCGAAACUCCAUUUUUCAAUGGCCCAAUAUCCAGAAAACAAAAACCCAUUUCUCUAGAGGUCCAUUGUUCUGAAAAAAACAUGCUGGAGUUUUUUGCCUGAAUUGAUAUAUUUUGACGUACAAAUGAUCAUUUUGGCCCAAGUGUCUUCAACAAAUACUUAAGAUAUUAUCGGAAAAAGACAACAGAGGUGGCCCAAUUGGUACAACUAACCAUACAUAAUGGAAAUGCAUUAUUAAAGGUUAUCCAACAUGAUUUGGCUAUGUUUGUUACCUGACGAAAAAUACUUUUUUAUAUUUGAGUUCUUCUGCUGAAUUCAGCAUCAGUAAAAUCAGUACAAAGAAAAUAAGUAAAAAGUCUUUCUUUAGGAGUCAGACAAAGUCAUACAUUAAGAGUCGAGUAUCAUCUGCAUGGGAACCCAGAUCUGUUAAAUUGACCAAUAUGUUAAUGGAGUCUGGAAAGUAGUACGGCCUGUAGUCGCUGGACUCUCAUAGCUCCAGUAUGAAUUUCUUUUAGACCAUUUGGCCAUCUGGCUUUGGUCCUAUGGGAUUUUUUUUUCAGACUAUUGUGCCUUCAGAACAAUAGGACAUCGUAACAAUUAGCUCUUUGAGCGGCCUAAUAUGUCUACGGAAUAACCUGUGUAAACUUAAUGUCCUGUUAUUUACCAAGCUAAUGAGCAACAGUAGGCAAGCUAGCUAGCUUAGAGAGUUUUUUUUAAUUAUGGAGAACAGAACAUGAAAACACUUAUUAGCACUAGCAUGAUCCCAGCUGUCUGGUGCAUUUAGCCUUUAGCCCAACAGCUACAGUAGUUCACAAACUAGCCCUGCCAGUAUUCACUGUCACCUAGCCUCCAACAAUGCCCGUUUCUUAAACACGUGUCGAUGAAUAUCGCUGUGCCACUUUCUGGUGUGACCAGGCCUCCAAGCAGCUUGUGUGUGCAAAUACUUGAUCCGAUUGGUGUUAAUAUUUCCGUUAAUAUCCAAAUAAUGUAACCUCAUUGCAAGAUGGCAGACUCAUAGGUUAUUGAUUUACAGUGCUUAAAUGUGUGGCAGUUUCUCUGAGCUUUCUUAAGUUUUUACAUAGAUGUAAUUCAGCCUAAUGUUUCUUACCUCUGCUCAUGCUCACAUAAAAACAAAAUUUGUUUCUGACCUUGUGCUUUAAUAUAUACUACAAAGUACAAUCUAAAGGAAGUGAAGGAAGUGAUCAGAGCCAUCAGCUGUAAUGGUUGAAGUGUAUUGAUCACAGAACAACAACAUAUCUAUUUAUAUCCACAAGGUCUGUUUGGUUAGAUUGGUUUCUGUGGUUGUUGUUGCUAGAAAGGAGUGUACCUGGUGCAGUGUAAAUAGCUUGCAUAUAUUUUUUAAACAUGGCCAUCAAAGACAACCUUACUGCUUUUUAUAUAGUGUGUUCUCCGACCUUAAUACUGGUGUAUUAAUCAAUGAUCUCUGUGAGAUACUGACAUGUAGAAUGGCAUUUUCAUAUUGAAAAGUAACUGUUUUGUCUUGUAUACUAAAAUUGUGCAUGUUAAUCAUUGUUUGUGAAUUUGUGUUGGAUUUUUUCUAAAACUAUAACUUAAUAAAAAUGUUUAUUCCAGCCAUUGGGCUGUUU